AUGCAGCAGCAAGGCAGUGCCGGAGGCCGCUCGCGCAACGACAUCUUCAGUGCUGCCUCUCCGUCGCUGACGCCGGCGCCGCGGCCGGCCGCGGCCGCUGCUGCCAACUCCUCGCCGGCCAGCGUGACGAGCAAGAACAGCCUCUUCUUUGGCUCCUCGCCUGUCGCUCCCGCACCUCGCGCUAGUCUGCUCUCGCCAACCGCCUCUCCCUCUCCCGCCCCUGCGCCAGGGGCCUCGCGCUCGCCGCCGCGCCGUGUGUCAGAGCUAGGCGCAGCCGGGCCCUCGUCGCUCGCUAGUGCCGAGCGUCCCUCGUACGGACGCAGCAGCACCGAAGAGCGUGAGCGCGAGCGCGACCGCAUCCGCAAGAGCAAGGACAUGGACUUCCGUCUGUGCCCUACGCGCGACUAUCUGCUCGGUGAGGGCCGGCACUGCAAUGUCUUCCUCGGCUCGUAUCGCCUCAAGCGGCGGCGAAGAGAGCGCAGAGGCGCAGCGAGAGGCGCAGCAUCAGAGAGCGAUGUGAGCGAGAGCUACUGGCAGCUGUGCGCCGUCAAGCGUCUGCACGCCGAUCGGCAGAGCCAGCUGCUAGGGCUCGACGAAGCCUUCGCGCUACGUCGUCUAGGUCCGCAUCCCAACAUCGUCUCGCUUAUCGACAUUCGCGACGAGACGGCCAUCGCCGACCCUACCACGCCGAGCCCCACUCCCGGCACGCCCUCGGAUCCUCCGCGCCUGCUCAUACUCCUCGAACUGCUCCCGCAUUCGCUGCGCUCCUUUGCGCGCCGCAACCCGGAGCGCAUCGGCUGGCUGCGCUGGAAGACGUGGGCCCUGCAGCUGGCAGGCACCGUCGAGUGGAUGCACGCGCGCGGCUGUGUGCACGUCGACAUCAAGCCGGAGAACAUCUUGCUCACCGACUCGCUGGACAUGAAGCUCUGCGACUUCAACUCUGCGCUCUUUCCCUCUCCCAGCUCUCCGCUUCUCGACGGCGCCGGACUCGGUACGCCAGCGUACGGUGCUCCCGAGCUCACGCGCGGUGCCGCGCCCGCCGGCGCUGCGGGCUUCUCGUAUCCAGUCGACGUGUGGAGCAUGGGUGCCGUGCUCUACAGCCUCGCGACUGGCGUCGAGCCCUUCGCGCGCUCUCGAAGCAUGAUCGAUAUGCUCUAUCGCAAGCGCGUCUUCUUCGAGAGCGAGGAGAAUGACCGUGUGGCGCGCCUUAGCGCGACACGGCCGACUGUUCGUCGCGAAGGCAGCACCGACUCAAUUGAGAGCGUCGCCAGCAGCAUUCUCGUCGACAACGGCCGUACGGGCGCUUCGGUCCGCAGCAUCGCUAUGCUGCUCGACGACGCGCCAUUCAAGGGUCUUCUCAGCUCGCCGGCUGGGCAGCCCACGGGCUUGCUCGAUGCUGAGAGAAACGGCACUGCUGCGUCGGGCCAUCAGCGACGAGCCUCGAUGGGCAAGACGCCGCAGAAGCUCGGCCGCGCUGCGUACCUCAAUGCGCCGCGACGGCCCGUCGGCACGCUAAGACGCACGACCUCGUACGGCGACCAAUCGAGCAGCGAUGCUUCGCCUCAGGCCGACGACAACGGUGGCAAUGACGGCGACGCUGGUCGCACAGACGGCGCCGGUGCAGGCAGUGGUGUCACUCGCAGCGCAGACAGCAAGCUAGCACCAAGCGCUCUCUCUCCGCCUCACUCGCCGCCUUCUGCAGCGCAAGGCAUGUACAACACUCCCUCCGGCCUGCCCGCACUGCUCGACGAAAUGCAAGCCGAAGAAGAGGAGGACCUGCGACCGUAUCGCGAUGGCUCGCCCGCGCUCAUCCUCCCGGGCGGCGGGCGACUGCCAGAUGCGGCCAGAGCGCUGCUCGAGCGCAUGCUGAGCACCGAUCCGAGCCUGCGCCCGACGGCCAAGCAGGUCGUCGCUGCGCUCUCUGCGCUCUGA